CUGCUCAUUCUCCCCAGUUGCCAGGCUCACUUCGAGAGACACGGCGACGUUUAUCUUGGAUUCGCUUACGUGCAAUGCCUCAAGUGAAGAAGUGGGGUCGCGGGGAGUUCUGGGGUCUCAGCUCCGACUAUGACCCCGACUGGGUGCUGACGGAGAGCCAGAAGAAGCUACGAGCCAACCUGAUGGAGCUCUGCAGGACCAAAAUUAGACCUCAUGCAAUUCACUGCGACCGCACCUACACUUUCCCGCGCGAGUCUCUAAAUGCCAUGGCGGAGCUGGGUCUUCUUGGCCUCAUCGUGCCGAAGGAGUUUGGUGGCCUCGGCGAAAACCACGUGUGCUGUACCAUGGUGUGUGAGACCAUCGCGCGCUACGGCUGCCCCUCCACGGCCAUGGUGUAUACCAUGCAUCUGGGCGCCGUGUCCACCCUGCUCUUCCGCUAUCACAACAAUCCCAAGGCCCAAGACCUCCUGCGACGCCUCGACAAGGAGAAGCUGGUCGGGACGCUCUGCUACUCCGACCCCGCCACAGGCGGCCACUUCUGGUUCCCUCUGUCGUCGAAGGUCAAGUGCCUCGACGAGAAGAACAUCAAGCUUCUCAAGUACGGCUCUUGGGCGACGAGCAGCGGCCACGCAGACUGGUACACCAUCCAGACCAUCAGCCCGAAUUUCAACGGAGACUAUUCCAACCUGUCGUGCUUCCUCGUGUACAAGGAUGAGGUGCGCGCCAACACUGACGACUGGGACGCCCUGGGCAUGCACGGCAACAUGUCCGGCCCGCUCAUCAUCGAGGGCGAGUUCAGCCUCGACAGGAUGGUCGGCCCGCCCGGCGACGGACGCAAGAGCAACGACGAGUGCGUGGACCCGUACUUCCUGAUGAACACCGCUGGCGUGUGGAACGGCAUCUCCCUCGCCUGCAUCGACGUGGCCAAGAAGCACGUGACCCGCAAGGCGCACGCCGACGUGGGGAUGCGGGUGUGCGAUUACCCGACCAUCCAGGAUUACUUCGGCGAAACCGUGUGUGAAACCAACUCCUCCCGAGCAUUGGUCUACUUGCAAGCUCAGGCCCUCGACCAAGUGACCAAAAACAAUGACUGGUCGCUUUACAAAGAUUUGGAUUUCCUUCCGAGGGCCGACUUUCUUCACUGGUUGUGGCAAGCUAAGUUCAUCGCCGCCAAGAAUGUCUCCCACGUGUCCGACACCAUGCUUCACGUCUGCGGAGGUUCGGGCUACAAGACUGACUUGGGCAUCGAGCGGCUCCUGCGCGACGGCAAAGCGGGCUGGGUGAUGGGGCCGUCCAACGAGGUGCUGCGCCAAUUCGUGGGCAAGACAGCGCUCAACAACAUCGAGUGCAUCGACUACUGGGAUCAGUGGCCCAACGAGCGAGUCGUCCACCAUGAGUUAAAAAAGAUGAGCCUCAGCAAGCGCAAGGAGCUCGCCAAAGCGCUUUUGGAAGAGGUGGAGAUUGAGGAAAAGGGAGAACAGGCCAAGCAUCCCUACCAGGACACCGACUUCGAGAAUCCUUUCAACACGUGUCCUCCGGCGGUUAACAGUAAGGUGCUGAAGACAAAGGACGGCGUGAGCCACGGACCCGCCCUGAAGCCAGACUCAUGGCUGCCCCUGACCCUCAAGGCGCACACGCCCGUCAGUGACAAGAUGGCUUCCUUCGACUUUGCUCUGCCCAAGGACACCGACCACACAGGAUGCUUCACCGGCCAGUACAUUGUGGUGCGUGUGAACAUCAAAGGAAAGGAGCAUCAGCGCUACUUCUCGCCCGUGUCGCGUCCGGACGACUUCGGCCGCAUCGAACUCGUGCUCAGGUUCGAGUCUCAGGGCCUCAUGUCUCAGCACUUCAAGGCUCUCAAGCCAGGUGACAAGGUGGAGUUCCAGGGCCCUUGCGGAGGCUUCGAGUACGAGGCGAACCAGCUGGACGAGGUGACGCUCCUGGCCUCGGGCGGAGGCAUCACCCCCGGCAUGCAGCUCAUCCGCGCCGUCAUGCACAACCCCGACGACAGGACCAAGAUCAAGCUCCUCUACUUCUCCGAGAAUAACAACGAGAUCCUGUACCGGGAGGAGCUUGAUAAUUAUGCAGCGAAAGAUUCGCGGCUGCAGAUAGUCCACACGCUCGGAGAGACGCCCGAAGACUGGGAGGGCGAGGAAGGCUUCAUCGACACGCAAAUGAUCGACAAGCACGUGACCAAACCCAACGGCAUCAAGCACAAGAUCAUCAUGUGCGGAGGGCCCACCAUGAGCAUCUCGUGCCUCCACUCCUUGCGGUCCCUCGGCUUCCCCUCCGACGCCAUCUUCAUCUACGGCCAGUUCGGCACGGAGCAGGUCAGGACGGUCUACGGCAGGAACGUGCGGCUCUCCGGCCACCGCUGCGACAACGUUCUCUGAAGAGGUGGUUUUCACCCAUAGGAAUAUAAGUAGAAAUUUUCUGUAUUGGCCUAAUAAUGUACUCCUAACUAUUUAGCUCGGUAAUAAAUCUGUCUUGAAAUCUAUUAAAAUGGUAUAAUAUU